AUGCCUUCUCUCUUUCCCGCCAGAACCCUUCCCGGCACUCUGUUCCCCGCUGACCUCUCUCCGAACGCCACCUGGAACAACUUCGUUAACUUCAUCGACGCCGGCAAGGGUGCCAACUUCUCCGGUAUGUCUGAGCUCAAGAAGUACUUCCAUCGAUUUGGAUACCUCCAAAUCCCAGACAACGUCGUAGAUAACUUCACAGACAUAUUCGAUGAUAGUUUCGAAUCCGCCGUCGUUAACUACCAGAGGAACCUCGGAUUGAUGGUGACUGGAAAGCUCGACGCCGGGACUGUGACACAGAUCAUGUCACCGCGCUGCGGCGUAAGUGAUGUAAGGAAAGGGUCGACGGACAAAAUCCACGUCACUAAACACUAUGCGUAUUUUUACGGUGAGCCGCGGUGGGGGAGAUCGGCUCAGGUGUCGCUAACAUACGCUUUUUCCCGUAACCAUAUGAUCGAUUACCUUAGUUCCUCCGACGUGCAAGAUGCUUUCCGGCGUUCGUUCUCACGGUGGUCGUCUGUGAUACCGGUGAACUUUACGGAAGCGGACGAUUACUCGUCGGCAGACAUAAAAAUCGGAUUUUACAAAGGUGAUCAUGGCGACGGAGAGCCGUUCGACGGUGUUUUAGGAGUGUUGGCUCACGCUUUUUCGCCGGAAAACGGUCGGCUCCAUUUAGAUGAAGCUGAGACAUGGGCCGUUGAUUUUAAAUCAACUAAAUCAAAGGUGGCCGUUGAUUUAGAAUCAGUUGCAACGCAUGAAAUUGGGCAUAUACUCGGAUUGGCCCACACUUCGGUCAAAGACGCUAUCAUGUACCCGAGCUUGAGUCCGAGAACUAAGAAGGUGGACCUUAAGAUUGAUGACGUGGAGGGGGUCCAGGCGCUAUACGGGUCAAACCCGAAUUUUCGAUAUAGUUCAUUGAUGGAAUCCGAUCUUUCUUCGGGUUGGGUGAUUACAAGCUCAAUUAAAUGGUCGACUUACUUGAUGGUACUUGUAGGGUGUUUAUGGUGA